AGCCUGUGGCACGGUCAACAGUUUGGAAAUAAUAUAAUCAAUUAAUCGCGGCACUAUCUGUUGGACUCUAGUCCCCGAAGGGGAUACCCCCUGAAGAACCUAGAAACGUCAUACCGCAAACUCAUGCCCACUCACACAGGCCAAAAACCUUUGUAGGUAUGGGCGGAAAAAUCGGCGCACUUAGUUCCUAUAAAUUUGUAUCGCUGCCGCUGCAGCGAACAGUUCUUAUUAACUGGUGACAGCGGUUGGUUUCAAUUGCGGUGGAAAAGCCUUAAGUUUCGGCUGGGAAAUACUUCUGGACCCCGGAAAUACUCUUGCAAAUGUGCAGCGAUUUUAAGGAACAAUUCCACAGAAACACAAACAUAACCAGAGAGGAAAUACCUUUGAAUUAAUCAAUACCUCACGGAGAAGUCCUAUAAAAAUGCAGAACCGCUUGAUUAGCCUGCUGAUCUUCGUUGGCUCACUGCUGACCGCUUCAGCAGCCAUCUCAUCGCCCAUCAUAGGAGUUCUCACCCAGGAGGUGUACACCAAUGGCUUGAUCUCGCGACACUUCGAUAACAAGACCAGCUAUAUAGCCGCCUCGUAUGUGAAGUAUCUGGAAGGAGCCGGAGCCCGUGUAGUGCCCAUUUGGAUCGGACGCAAUCACAGCUACUACGAAGAUCUCAUGAACAAGAUAAAUGGAGUUUUACUGCCCGGUGGUUCCACUUGGUUCAAUCAAAGCAAUGGGUAUGCCGAUGCCGGCGAACAUCUCAUCCAGUUGGCUAUUGAACGGAAUGAUCAGGGGAUCUUUAUGCCGGUUUGGGGCACUUGUCUUGGCAUGGAACUGCUGGUUUACAAACUGGCCAACGGCACUGAACAUCGCAUCAACUGUGAGGGAACGGGAAUUGCCCUGCCAAUGGAGUUUAAAGAAGACUUCGAAAAGAGCCGCCUAUUUGCCUCCAUCAGUGAUGAUAUAGUGGCUACCAUGGCCAAGGAGAAUGUCACCUAUCACUGGCAUCAGUUUUGCUAUACGGAAAAGGACUUCGAAAGGGAUCUUCUAAACGAAACCUGGCGCGUUAUGUCCUUGAAUCAUGACUGGAAUGGCAUUGAGUUUAUAUCCACAAUAGAACACAUGAAGUACCCCUUCUACGGGGUGCAAUUCCAUCCGGAGAAGCCGAUGUAUGAGUUUACUAAGACGAGUAUUCCCCAUACCGCAGCAGCUGUGUUAAGUGGUCAAUUCUUUGCCGAUUUCUUUGUGAGUGAGGCUAGGAAAAGUAGUCAGAGCUUCGCCAACACCACGGAACAGGCCAGGACACUAAUCUAUAACUACAAACCGGAGUACACUGCCAUUUUGGGCUCCUCAUACAUCCAGCAAUAUUUGUUCACCAAUGACGAAAUGGAAAUUCCCGAUAUUCCAGAGAUUCCGGAUGAUCCUGAUGAGAGCGGCACUGGCUAUAUUCCCAUUAUUGUAGACGGUGACGGUGGUAGUUCCACCCUACUACCACUAUUCAAUGGAUUACUCCUAACAUUGCUGAUCCUAUCAAUUAAUUGAUUGCUUAGACAAAGUUUGGUGAUGUUGGCGUGGAGUAUCGAGUCUACAAACGAAAUUCAUUUACGCACUCGAUAAUUAUGGAAUUAAGUUCUCAUGCUCUUUGAUCGAUUUUACCCUGUUAUCUUUAAUAUUGUCUAUGUGGGGUGAAAUAUUGGCAGAAUAUUUACGUACUAGCAAAAUAUUAAAAGAGAUUGUCUCUGUGGCCAAGGGUGACUCAA